AUGGUGGAGCCUCAGGAAUUUAGGAAUCUACUGGUGAAUUACAAUACUGACUCCUGGGAUUAUAAUGGAAGGGUGUUUCCUGCUCAUGACCCAGCCUGGCUCCAAGAGGAGAACACAGAAGUGAUGGCUCCCGGGUUGCUGACCGCCUGUUCACAGGAACCAGUAACUUUUGAGGAUGUGGCCGUGGUGUUUACUCAAGAAGAAUGGGUGGUUUUGGACUCUGCCCAGAGAAGGCUGUAUAGAGAAGUGAUGCUGGAGAACUGCAGGAACCUGGCUGCAGUGGAACCUCAGCUUUGGUGCCAAAAGUCAAUUCCUAACCAAGAUAUUUUUGGGACAAUCCCAUCAAUUGGCAUGAAAAUGGAUCAACCUCAGCUUGGAACAAAACUCUACAAAUGUAAUGAAUUUGAGAAACCUUUUAACAACAUCAAACCACUUUUUCGGUAUCAGGUAAUUCAUACUGGCGAGGAUCCUUAUGAAUGUAAAGAAAGUGGACAGUCCUUCCAGAACUCUCACCUGAUCAUUCCUGAGAAAAUUUGUAAUGUUGAUAAAACCUACGAAUGUAAUAAAUGUGAGAAAUCCUUCAGAUAUAACUCUGACCUUACUAGGCAUGAGAAAACUCAUACUUCAGAGAAGUACUUUGAAUGUCAAGAGUGUAAGAAAGCCUUCAAGUAUUCUUCAAAUCUCCGGCGACACAUGAGAAUUCAUACUGGAGAGAAACCCUUUGGAUGUAAUCAGUGUGGGAAAACCUUCACAAGGAACUUUAACCUGAUUUUGCACCAGAGAAACCAUACAGGAGAGAAACCUUAUGCAUGUAAGGAUUGUGGGAAAGCUUUUAAUCAACCAUCAUCUCUUAGGAGUCACAUGAGAACCCACACUGGAGAAAAACCCUUUGACUGUAGUCAGUGUGGAAAAGCGUUCAGGGAGCACUCAUCACUGAAGACACAUUUGCGGACUCACACCAGAGAGAAGCCUUAUGAAUGCAACCAGUGUGGGAAACCCUUCCGGACAAGCACUCACCUCAAUGUGCACAAGAGAAUACACACUGGGGAAAAACUUUAUGAAUGUGGUACUUGUGGUCAGGUCUUGAGUCGUCUCUCAACACUUAAGAGUCACAUCCGUACUCACACUGGAGAGAAGCCUUUUGCAUGUCAGGAAUGUGGCCGAGCCUUUAGUGAGCCUUCAUCCCUUAGGAAACACAUGAGAACUCACACUGGCAAAAAGCCCUACACGUGUCAGGAGUGUGGUCGAGCCUUUGGCCAGUCUUCACACCUCAUUGUACAUGUGAGAACACACACUGCAGGGAAAUCCUAUGCAUGCAAUCAGUGUGAGAAAGCCUUCCGGCACAGCUCCUCACUUACUGUGCACAAACGGAUUCACAGUGGGAGAGAAAACGUGAGGAAUAUUGGCUUAGCUUUAUCAAUAUCUCACCCAUAUGCCCUCUCACAACCAGAAGAGGCCAUGGCCCCCAGUGGUGGUCAGUAUGAGAAGCCACUGACUUUGACUUACAAGAAUGCUGUAGGGGAGGAGUGA